AUGUACGAAGGGAUUGACAAUCUGAAAUCCCUUUACGACCGUGCCGGGAAGACUUUCUCCGGCGGUCCUUCUGCGGCACAGGAUGUGCCGCGUCGUACUGCUCGACCAGAUCCAGUACGUCAACCAUCAGUUGGGAGCGGGUCUCCCAAGUAUCCCAGGACGGGGAUAGCCGCGCCACCGGACGAGAUAACUCAUCCGACGUCCGUUCACGUCGCGGUGGUUCAACAGCUGCUCAACUAG